AUGGAUAACGAUAAGGAGAUGACGGUAGUCACAGUUGAAAUUGUGGCAACAGAACACCAUCAAACCAAACGGUUUACGUUGGAUGUUAAGGAGAACCUCAACAACAGAAACCAGCUCAAUGCAUCGAUUGAUCAUAUUAUGGGAAUGGACAUGCUGAUGUUGUACAUCGGUAUGAACGUGGUGGUUUUGCCGAUGGUGGUACGGUUCGGGCUGUGCAAGCUGCUGACGGUGGCGACGGGCCCGGCGCGCGACCGCAUCUCCCAGCUGCUCGACCCCGACACCAAGCACGUGCCGGAGACUUUGAAGAGCUGCUAUUCGAGAGUGCGGGAGGCGCUGGAGUUCCUGGAGACGUCCGACCUGGUGUUGGUGAACAAGAUGUACCUGAACUACUCGCGGGACAUCGACCCCAGCUACGAGGCCAACUCCACCACCACUAGCGGCAUCCACGUCGACAAGGUCAGCUUCAACAUGCCCGCCUCCGCCACCAACUACAUCAACCGCUGGUUCGAAACAGCGACGUACAGGAGAAUCAAAAACAUAGUGCUAGACGGUGAAAUCACUCGAAAAACAUCCAUAAUGAUGCUGAGCGCCGCACAUUUUAAGAAACCUUUUGACGUGAGGUUGACCAAGGAGGCGGACUUCUACCAGAUGGACGGCAAGAAAGGAAAGGUGAUGAUGAUGACUACUAUCACCAGCGCGCUCUAUUAUGCUGAUAGCAUGUUCCAGUUGGGCUUGGACAUGUUGUUCAAUGACACGGCCUCCGGCCUGGACAAGAUCCUCCGCUCCCACAAGCACUGCAAGUCGAUGUACCUGAGCCGCGUCAAGCAGAAUAUAUUGUUCGAACUAGAUGAAUUUGGCGUAAAUAGAAAUGCUCGAGAAGCAGAAAAAAAUGCUGCGUUUUCGGCGCGGGACACGGGGUACGUGGACGCGGACGCGCUCCGGCAGUAUGUCCACGACCGCCAGCGUUCCCGCCUGGCCGGCAACUCCCGCGCAGCCUUCACAGACUUCCUCGCCGACAGACCCUUCCUCUUCUUCAUCGAUAUCGCUCUCUCACCCUUCGGUGACCACAGCGAACUGCUCUCCGGAGCAUACUACGGACCCAACAAGAUUCCAGAGACGAUGAUCAAACAGAGGAUGGAGAACCUUACUCACUGGUGGUGA